CAGAGAUACAAAUACAGUUGACGGAACCUGCUGUUCCACCUUUAACUACAUCCAUUAUAUCCAGAGUGAAAUCCUCUUCUAUCUGCAAUAAGUUUGGAGCGCUGGGCCUUGGACUGGUGGCUGGAGGCUGCAUGGGAGCCAUGUCUGCAGAGAUGGUCUGCUUUUUAAAAGAUGCUACACGAAGUCAGACAGAGCUCACAAUGAAGAUUUCAGAACUUUACCCAUUUAUUACUUCUUCAUAUGUCACCUACAUGUCUCUACUAGGUGCCGCAUUGUCAUCAGCGGCUGGAGUAGUAGGUGGACGCCAAGCUUAUAAUGUGGCCAAAAGACAGAGAUGGGAAGAUGCCUCAGGAAAGGCUUUAGCUCUGGCUGCGUCUGUGGCUGUACUUGGAGUCGCAGUGACUGGAGCUGCACUAGGAGCUAUUUUGGAAAUAUUUUUUUCUAACUUUAUCUUUAAAGUCUUUUCAGUGAAUUCUGGUAUAACAUUCAUGUUAUGGCACACACUGGCCAGCACAAUCAUAUCCUUAUUACUGUGUGCUUUUUCUGGCUUUUUCUAUGGCUGUAUCAGUGUUUUUGUGUCAUUUAUGGUAUGUUUGUUGAUAUAUUCUGAGCGUCUAAUGGCCGUAUUGUUUUUUGGCACAGAAUUCAUUUUUUUCUUAGACUUGGGGUCUCUGCUGCCCCUCAUUCUUCCAUCUCUGCUGCUUUGCCUGUUUCAUAAAUUCCAUCUCAGCAAGAAAGCUGUGGCGAUACCAAGCAUUAUGAUUGCUACAGUUCUCAUAGCCAGGAGCUCCUUCCAUGAUAAAGACCAACCAGUUCCUUUAUUAGAUCCAGCUGAAUUCACUAUACCUGCUCUACUAGUUCUGGAGCGCUUCUUUGUUCUCGCCCUCGGUAUUCAGAUGUUUCAGGCUUCUUGUGGGGCCGCGCUGUUCUCCUAUUUUGUCACUGAGGGGGCUACUGACGUCUGCAUAGGUGCAGUGGCUGCCACAUUUGGAGUGCUCACAUCCUUACUGAAAACAUCUAACAUGCUGGGCACUGGGGCAUCGCUGGGUGGUCUGCUGGCUGCAUCUGGGGGGGCUGGCAUGGCCCUCAAUGCAGCAGGAGAUUUGGGACAGAGAUAUGGAGGACUUGCAGGAAGAGCAGGAGCAGUAAUAGGAGCUGUAGUUGGAGCUUUUCUGGCUUUAGUGCCUCAGAAUCUGAAUUUAGGGAUUAUUGUGGCUCUCUGUGCAGCAGUUAUUCCAGGGUCACCUUACAUACUGUUUUGUUUAAAUGGGAUCAUGCAAAGAUGA